ACGUCACCGAUUCCGAUGCUCCGGCUCAACGUGGCCCUCGCCUCCGAUCCGGCCGCCAAUCCGGACGCGAAGGAUCUCAAGAAAAUUGGCGAAGCGGACGCGGUUGCGGCGGAGUUUGCGCAGCAACAGCUCGCCGCCCUCAACAUGGCCAUCGGGGGGCCGCCGCCGCCACCACCACCGAUGCGCAAACCCGCACUCAAGGGACCGGAGGGGCUCGUUGGUCCCCUGGCCCUACCCGCCGUCGUCGAACUUCCACCCCGGUUGCCGAUGUUUGUGUGCGGACCGUGUGGCAUCCGGUUUUCGUCCGCGUCGACGCUGGAAGCGCACCAGACGUACUAUUGUUCGCACCGGAAAGAAACAGAAGAUGGCGGUGGUGGUGCUGGCGGAGGAACUGGGUCGACCGCUGGAACCGGAGGGUCAGCUUCCGGUGGGUCGAUCGGUGGUAGUGGCACCAAGAACGCUCACCCGGGCGGUGACGGCUCGGGGGAACCUCCGGCGAAGGCGGCCAAGACGGGCAAGCAGUACGCCUGCUCCCAGUGCUCCUACAGCGCGGACAAGAAAGUGUCCCUGAACCGCCACAUGCGCAUGCACCAGUCCUCUCCGACGCCGUCCUCCGUCAACGGCGAUGACACCGGUCGUCAACAGCAGCAUCAGCAGCACCACCACCAGCAGCAGCAGCAACAGCUGCAGCUCAUCCAAGCUCAAGCCGUGGCCGCGGCCGCAGCGGUGCUCCAUCAGCAGCAACAGCAGCAGCAACUGCAGCCCCAGCCGGUUGGCCAGGCGCAAGCGCCGCCACCGCAGGUCGAUCGGUACUGCUCCGAUUGUGAUAUCCGAUUCUCCAGCACCAAAACAUAUCGCGCCCACAAGCAGCACUACUGCAGCUCGCGUCACCGGGAAGGGCAGCAGUCCAACAACUCGACCCCGAAACCCGGCUCGACGCAGAAGUCGGGCUCCCAAAGUCCACCGGAAGUGCCGAAGACGCCACCGGUGGCCGCCGCACAGCAACCGUUCCUGGCGCUGCCCACCAACCCGAUCAUUGUGAUACCUUACUCGCUGAUUCGCGGCGCCAGCGUCAUCCCGGGAUUGCUACCAUCACUAGCCCCGGGAGUCGCCAAUCCGGAGUCGGCUUGUUUCAUCUUCCAAAACGGAACCCUGCAACCGAUCGCGAUGUCGCUGGCGUCGCAGGUUGCCCACCAAGCCGCGACCUCGGCGGGGGGCCACGCCGAGGUGGGACCGGGACCCCAGCGGCCCCCCUCGCAGCAGCAUCCAUCGCGCGGAACGACGCCGAGCGUCUCGAACGAAAACAGUUCCCACAGCACGCAGGGCGCCGGACCCACUCCGGGCGGUGCCCCGUCAUCGACCGGUGAGGUGCUGAAGGCACUCAACAAGCGCGAGAAUUCGGCCAACAAGGAAGCUACCUUGACGUCUACGACCACUCCGUUGGAUCUGUCCGUGCGACGGUUUUCGCCGGGCGCCAUCGGAGCGCUCCGCGAGCGCUCGCUCUCCCUAUCGUCGGCCGUCUCCGGUGACCAGCGGAUGGACUACGACAGUCUGAUGGAGGGCAAGGAGAACCUGUCGGUCAGCGGGGACUCGCUCACGCCGGAGCAGAUUGUCUGUGCUCCGUCGCUGCCCGGGAGUCCACCGUUGACGCCCUCCCCGAAACGGCGCUCCAAUAGUCCACGUGCCACGGGCCCCGGACCGAUGGCUUCGAAUGCGGCGCUGGCAGCGGCCGCUGCCGCUGUCGCCGGUCACCACGCCGGUCUGGGACCGGCGGCCACCCUAUCCCUGUCGCCAAUGACACUCCAGCAGCAACUGAUGCGACCGCUCCUCCCCGCGGACAUAGCCCUGCGUCUGUCAGCCGAUCCGUCAGUUUGCAGUCUCAACCUAUCGAUCCUGGCCGCCCCCGGGGGGGCAACGCCACACCCGUUGUUGACCCCGAAGCAGAGUGUCGAGCUGGCGCUCCGACUAUCGACCCCGGUGGGUGACGGCAAGCACCCACCGCAGCAGAUAUCACCUCUGCUGAACAGUAUCUCUCCGACGGCGGCCGCUUCCGGCGGAGCGUCCGUUCUGCCGUCGGGGGCCGCGCCCCAAAUCUUCGUCAAACAGGGUGACUCCAAGUGCAAGGAGUGCAACAUCGUGUUCUGCAAGUACGAGAACUAUCUGGCCCACAAGAAGCACUACUGUUCCGCCCGGAACCAGGACGACGGUGGCGGCGGCGGCGGCGAAGGGGCCAAGGUUAGCCCACCGAUCUCGCCACAGACCGGCACGAGUCCGUCGGCCGGUGCACCGUUGUCGACGGUGGGCGGUGGACCGCGGCCACCGGUCGGGACCGGGGUCGCCUACCAGCAGCUGAUCUGUGCCGCGUGCGGCAUCAAGUUCACCUCGCUGGACAAUCUAACCGCCCACCAGAUGUACUACUGUCCGAAGCGGAUCGACGUCGGCGGUCCGGUGGUAAGUGCCCCCGAGGGGCGACCAUCCCCGCAACCGCACAAGGAACGGUGCUCAAAGUGUAAGAGCAUCCACGAACCGGGCCAACCGUGCACGGUCGCGGGGCACGGUGCCUACAAGUGUCCCAUCUGUGAGGUCAUCAGCCCAAACUCGACCGAAGCCCGGCGGCACAUGGACACGCACGGCGGCGUGAAGGCGUUCCGCUGUACGAUCUGCCGGUACAAGGGCAACACCCUACGUGGCAUGCGUACCCACAUCCGGAUGCACUUCGACAAGAAGACGAGCGAGUUUAACGAGGAGAACUACAUCACCUGCAUCCUGGAAGAGGACGGCAUCGAGAUACCGCCGGCCGGGGCCCAGAAUGCGGCUGCCGUGGCCGCCGCAGCGGCCGCCCUCGCUUCGGCGACCCACAAGUUCCUCGCCCAGGACGGCUCGGGCCCACCGGACGUGGCCGGAUCACCCGUAGCCAGCGUCCGCCAUCACUGCGAGCUGUGUCCGUUUACGACGAGCGAUCGGGUCAAUAUGAUCAAGCAUAUCAAGCAAGUGCACGGCGGAGGCCGUUCGGUUCCGUUCGGGUUGGACUCGGCCGAACUCUACAACGGGAUCGCUGCUGGCGCCGUAGUAGAACUGGCUGUGAGGCCACCGAUCGCCAGUACACCGGGACCGGGCAGCAGUAGCACCAGCAGCAGUCUGAUCAAAACGGAACCGAUCGACGAUCGGUCUCCGUCACCGUCGGGCGGUGACCAAGACACAACCACCGACAUCAAUGUGGACGUCUGCCUGGAGGAGACAGCCCCGGUGGUGGCCACCACCGUCAAAACGGAGGCCAUCGAUCCGCACAUGCCCUCGCUCAACUCACCGCUCGCCGGGUCACCGUCGCCACCUUCCUCUUUGAAUCUGAAACCGAAAUCUCAAACGCCGACGAAGACGACGGCCGGUGACGCAAUCUCGUCCUCGCUCGUCCGGCGCUCCGACACGCCGACCCGAGCGAAAACACCGUCCCCGCCGGUGCCGCCGACGCCGCUGACACUGGAGCACCUACCACCGGGGCCAAAGUACUGCGAUACGUGUGACAUAACCUUCAACUACGCCAAAACGUACAUUGCGCACAAGAACUUCUACUGCAAGGCGGUCCCGCUUGCCGGUGGCAGUGCCCCGACGGCGACCGGACAACCUGCUGCCGGUACUGGUCGACGUAGCGCAUCCGUUUCACCAAAUGGUGGGGCCACGAGCCCCGCGGUAACGGUCGCGGUCAACCGGGCGACGGAAACUUCCGUCUAA